AUGGACGUCGAUUUAUUGAAAUUUAUAUGGAAAUUGGAUAUUUUGGGACUGAGUUUGUUUAUAUGCCUUCUUUCUGUUAUUCAAGGUUCUGAUGGUUUUAUUUUGGAGAAAACAGUCAGCGUUUGUAAUGGACCUUGUGCUAAAGUAAGUUUGACGUGCCCACCAGAACAUGGUAUAGCCAUCAGAGAAGCUUUAUUUGGUGUACAUCCUAAUGGUCCAACAUGUCCAGCUACCACCAAUUGUGACCGAAUACAAAGUGAUAUAUGUUGUGAAAAGACACCGAGUACAGAUUGCAUCUUACCUUAUCCUGUAGAAAGACUCGAACCUCUACAUAAGGGGUGCUCUGGAAAAGAAAAGUGUGAAGUUGAUAUUGUUGGUAAUCAAGACUUGGCUAAAGUUUGUAAUACAGGAAGUUCUACACCACAACCUAAUACAACGUACACAAUCUUAGAUUAUGUCUGUAUCAAUGACACGUUUACUGCUGAUUUCUGUAGUGAACAGACUAUCACUGUAUCGGGAAGAACUGUAUUUGCUGUGUUCGACGCCAAAUCUGCACAGACCCGAAGCAGCAGUCGAGUGUGCACAUGUGUAGCUCAUUCUACAACCUGGCCAAUAGAAAAUCCUAUCUCAGUCUUUGUCGUAGAUAUUAGGUUAAAUCAAUUAGAAUCUACCCAGUGUUCGGAUUCUAUGGUCUCCAUAUCUGCCGGAAAGACCAUUAAAGACAUCAACUGUAAAAGUGUGCACGAUCCAGGAUUUCCGUAUCCAUUUGUAUCUGUCCUAAAUUCAACUACAGUAGCUUUAGCACAGUUAGUGCUCCACGACGAAACUCCGGAAUAUGUGUGGCUGGGAUUUGAAGCUUCUUUGGACGAUGAAAUAAGAGUCAGUUGUGGACUUCAUGGAUGGAAGAAUGGGUUUGAAGGAACGGGUAUCACUGUCUCUCCUCUUUCACCAAAUGGUAAUCAACAAGUUCAGCCUCCAACAGAUGAUUCUGCUGCUGAAGAUCUUGGGUAUCCAUUAGUGGUAGUGAUAGGUGGAUUUUUGGGCGGAGCCUUGUUAACAUUCAUUAUAACUAUGAUUAUUCUUUUGGCAAUUAGGAAACGAAACACAAAACCGAAACCAAGUGCAAGUGUUGAACCUGAUUUGAUUGAACCUUACGCUACAAUUGAACCAGCUCCAGCACCCCGUCCCAAAAAAGCAGCGAAAAAAUCAAUUAAGGUUGACGAACAUGUUGUGUUUGAAGAACCAGUCAUCAAUUAUGCGGAUCCCUGGGACGUUAGGACAACCAUGAACAAUAUGGCUGACGGCGAAUUCCCAAAUGCCGUGUAUGUGGACGCAUCAGAUGUUAGAAAUAAAAAGAAAGCCGAUAAACAAAAAAGUCGUGAGCUUCCGGUUGUUAAUGCAGGCAGCGAGUAUGUUGACGCAAGCGCAGUUAGAAAGAAGAAAAUACAGGACCAAAACAGUUCAGCAGAAAAAGAUGUUGAAUUUCGAGAGAAAAUAUCUGCCAAGGUCAAAAAGACAGGAGAGUAUGAUAGAUUAAGCCGAGAAAAGGAAAGAGAUUGUCCCACUCCACCAGGUUAUAGUCAUUUAAAGGGAGUCUAUAUGGAUAUUGAAAAAGAUGAUUCAAUUGAAUCCAAUAGUCAACCGGAUGAAAGUAUUUAUGAAAAUAGCGAUACUAUACGAAGAGGAAAAACUGGUAAAUUGGCACUUCCGGUCGACAAACAUAACGAUUCUGAUGGUGGAUCUGAUUCUUCUCACAACAGAAAUCCUCAUAUGUCUCACUAUGAAUUAGCUAUGGCACUAAAAGCAAAACAGUAA